ACACAACAAAAGCAUCAGGUGAUUUUCAACAACAAACAACUUCAUUAGCAAUUUUUGCAUCGUAGACAAAAACUAAAAAUCAUGGAAGAAACGGAAACUGACUUUCCGAUCAAUAUUACGUCAUUACCAAAUGAGCUUCUCAUUAUGGUAAUGUCCUAUUUGAGUCCGACAGAUCGUCGAAAUGCUGCUUGUGUCUGCAAAAAAUUCUCCGAAAUUGCCUUUUUUGUGUCAAACAUCAGUUUAAGCUUUAACUAUUCCCGCUUGUCUGACGACUGUCCUCCAAUGUCGCUUUUUCUCAAGUCCCGCAACGACUAUAGUCGCAUAAUUCUGGGCGGUGAUAUCGAAUUCGGACCCAGUUGUGAGAAGUUUUGGUACAAAUAUGGCAAGCACAUUACCGAAAUCACCUUUGACUAUUGCCCUUUUUUGUCAGUUGAGAUUUUGACGGGAAUUUUGAGGGAAAUGAAAAAGUUGCGGAAGCUGCAUAUUUUUUGUCGCAAAGAAUUUUUCCUCAGUGGAAGCAAGUUGAUCGACGAACGAAAUCGUGAUGUGAUGUCAAAUGCCUUGAAAACCGUUACGGAGCUCAGUUUGAACGGAACUAAUAUCACAAACUUGCAACUGAGCAAUUUGUUGGAAUUAAUUCCGGAAUUGGAAACUUUGAGUUUGUCUUUUUGUAGCACGCCGAAUGAGAGUUUAAAGGAAACCGAGACUGAUCAUUAUUUACGAUGCGAGGAUAUUUUAGCGAUAAUUAAGAAGCAUUGUCCGAAACUGAAGGAUAUUUAUCUGGAUGACUUUGGUUACAGGAUUCUCGAUGAAAAGUUACUCGUACAAGGCAUGAUGGAUUUGCAUCUGCGCAAAUUGUGUUUCCCUCUGGAACAAUCUUCGCAGGAUUUGGUGACUUUUUUGGAGCAUCAACAGGACAUCCAGGUGUUCGGUAUGAGCUAUGGCAUUCACACAAGUUGCGAAAAUUUGUCACUAAUCACGCAGCAUCUGCCAUCGAUCAAAGAACUGAACAUUCGCAAUGCCAAAGGACACUUGCGUGGACUCAAACUCAUGUCAGGUCUCGAUAAACUCGAAGUUUUCCGCUUGGCGAACCACACUAACAGCUUCGAGUUUGAAGAGGGCUAUCACAUCUGUAACGAAGUACAGCCCAAACCGAAACUCAAAACCUUCGAAUUGAAUUCCUCGACCAAAAUUUGUGAUGAUUGUUGCGACAAAAUGACACAACGUUUCCCCAACUUGACCGUACUUAAGUUAACUCACAGCCAAAUUGGCGAUGCUGCGGUUCAACUAAUCUUCCGACACCUCACACGUUUACGAAAACUCGUACUUACCGGAUGUCGCGAAAUUACGGAUGUCGGCAUCAUUGGAUGGCGUCUCCCCAACAUCGACAAUCAAAAUGCCAAUAAAAUCGCAAUGCACGAAUAUUCUAUCGCGAAUCUCAAGGGACUGCAGAGCUUGGAUAUCAGUGGCUGCGAAGAAAUUACCAACGUUUCGCUUUUAACCAGUUUUCGCCUACUUGAGCUCCGGAAGUUCAAAGCGAGUAAUUUGAAGAAAAUCUCCGGUUUGGGUAUCGAAGCUUUGGUUCAAGGAUGUCCUCAGAUCGAAGUCAUCGAUUUAGGAGGCUGUGAAAGUCUGAAUGACGCGUGUAUUGGUUUAAUCUCAAAACGAUUGCAGCGACUGAAAUUCUUGGAUAUCCAUGGAUGCAAGACAUUGACUUACGCCGCAUGGCAACAUCUCGCGACAAAUUGCAAAUCUUUGCAGAUUUUGAAUGCGUGGAAUUGUAACAUGACAAUUUUCUUGUCGGACAUGCUUUUUUCGAAGAUUGACAGUUUGAAGUUGAUUUUGUACGAGCAAAAGUGCCGUCGAUUCGAGUACGAUCGACGAAAGAGAUCCUUAUGAUUAGACGACGACAACGACGAAUUUAACGAAGAGCCGCAACUGUAAACAGGAACUUUAAUGCUUUA